GCCGCCGCCGCCGCGCGCGCCCCCCGCGCGCCCCCCGCGCGCCCUGCCCGGCGGCGCUGCGGCCGUGACGAUGGUGGCGAGCGCGCGGGUGCGGAAGCUGGCGCGGCGGUACCGGCUGGCCGUGGCCACGGCGCUGGCCAUCCUGCUGCUGCAGGGGCUCGUGCUCUGGAGCUCCGCCGGCCUCGACGAGGAGGGCCCGGCCGAGGAGCGGCAGAAAAAAGCCAGGUUGCUCGAGAGCAGCGACGGCUCCAAGGACUCGGACAGCUCUGCAGGGCGCCGGGGCAGCGCGAGCCGGAAGCACGGGCGAUGGCGGGGACGGCCAGACAGCCCCGGGGUGCUGGUGUCCAAGGUGGUGAGAGCCGUCACAGCGAGACACAAGGCGGGGAGGAGGCUGCCAGCCGUGCUGGACUCCUCCAGCCGGAGGAACCUGACGGAGCGGCACGGGGACGCCCAGCUGGCCGUCUUCCAGCAGGGCGACACGGGCAGCGUGGAGGGAGCCCCCCAGCCCACCGAGAACAGCUUCACCCCCAAGUGCGAGAUCACGGGCAAAGAUGCCCUCUCAGCGCUGGCGCGGGCCAGCACCAAACAGUGCCAACAGGAGAUCGCCAACGUGGUGUGUCUGCACCGGGCCGGCAACCUCAUGCCACAGUCCGUGCCCCGCCACUGCCAGCUCUCGGGGAAGGUCAGCCCUGUGAUCCAGUGGGACGAGAGCCGGCUGCAGCAGGUGCCCCCCAGCAAGCCGGUGCGCAUCGCCUACAUGCUGGUCGUGCACGGCAGGGCCAUUCGCCAGCUGAGGCGGCUCAUCAAGGCGGUGUACCACCAGCAGCACUUCUUCUACAUCCACGUCGACAAGCGCUCCAACUACCUGCAUCGGGAGGCACUGGAGCUGGCCCAGCACUACCCCAACAUCCGCGUGACGCCCUGGCGCAUGGUGACCAUCUGGGGAGGUGCCAGCCUGCUGAAGAUGUACCUGCGUAGCAUGAAGGACCUGCUGGAACUGGCCGAGUGGCCCUGGGACUUCUUCAUCAACCUGAGUGCCACCGAUUACCCCACGAGGACCAAUGAGGAGCUGGUGAUGUUCUUGUCCAAAUACCGAGAUAAGAACUUCCUGAAGUCUCAUGGCAGAGACAACGCCAGGUUUAUCAAGAAGCAGGGCCUGGACCGCCUGUUCCACGAGUGUGACUCCCACAUGUGGCGGCUGGGCGAGCGCCACAUUCCCGAGGGCAUCGUGGUGGACGGGGGCUCCGACUGGUUCUCGCUGACGCGCAGCUUCGUGGAGUACGUGGUCUACGCGAACGACCAGCUGGUGUCCCAGCUGCGGCAGUUCUACACCUACACGCUGCUGCCAGCCGAGUCCUUCUUCCACACAGUCCUGGAGAACAGUCACGCCUGCGAGACACUGGUCGAUAACAACCUCCGAGUGACCAACUGGAACCGGAAGCUGGGCUGUAAGUGCCAAUAUAAACACAUAGUCGACUGGUGCGGGUGCUCCCCAAAUGACUUCAAACCCCAGGACUUCCUACGGCUACAGCAACUCUCCAGACCCACCUUCUUUGCCCGCAAGUUUGAGUCGACAGUGAAUCAGGAAGUUCUGGAGAUCCUGGACACGCACCUCUACGGCAACUACCCCCCCAACACGCCGGCUCUCAAGGCGUACUGGGAGAACGUCUACGACCGCAUCGACGGGCUCAGCGGCCUCAGCGAUGUCACCCUUACCUUCUACGCGGCCUUCUCCAGGCUGGGGCUCCGCAAAGCCGCAUCUGCACCGGCACUGAAGGCAGAGAAGCUCUGCAGAUUUGAGCCCCGGGGUUUCCCAUCCAGUGUGCACUUAUAUUUCUAUGACGACCGUUUCCAGGGUUACCUGGUGAUGCAGGAGGUGCAGAACUCGGCAACCGGGCAAGCAGAGUCCCUGGAGGUGUGGAUGAUGCCCCAAGGAGCUCUGAAGCUGGCAGGUCACGGAGGGCAGACAAACAGGUUACAAAACCUUGAGGUGGGCACAGAGUGGGAUCCCAAGGAAAGGCUCUUCCGCAAUUUUGGAGGCCUGAUGGGGCCUUUCGACGAGCCAGUGGCCAUGCAGAAGUGGUCGCGGGGGCCCAACCUGACAGCCACGGUGGUGUGGAUUGACCCCACGUACGUCAUUGCCACCUCCUACGACAUCACGGUGGACGCCGAGGCAGAGUUCACCCAGUACAAGCCGCCCCUCAACCGGCCCCUGCGCCCCGGCAUCUGGACCAUCCGCCUGCUGCAGUUCUGGGAGCCCCUGGGGGAGAGCCAGUUCCUGGUGGUGCCGCAGACCUUCAACCGCAAGCAGCCUCUCAGGAAGGACGACAGCAGCUGGCUGCACGGUGGCCCCCCCCGCAACGAGUACAUGGAGCAGAGCUUCCAGGGCCUGGGGGGGAUCCUGAACUUGCCGCACGCGGAGGAGGCGGAGGAGGACGCGGUGCGGAAGGCGCAGCUGACGGGCAGAGCGCUGGACGACUGGGCAGACAGUGCCAUCAGCACCUUCUGGUCCGCAGCGGACGUCUGCGUGAGCAGCCCCUCUGCCUGCUCCGCCCUGGAAAGCUGCAGCAAAACCUCCUGGAGCUCGCUGUCCCCGGACCCCAAAUCAGAACUGGGGCCCGUCAAACCCGACGGGCGGCUGAGGUAGCAGGACCAGCCGGGGGGCGGCGUUGGGAGCAAGGAGCAUCCUCCGUCCCUGGCGUGGUGGGGGGGUUCUCCGGACUGCAUCACCCCGUGAGAUUCGCACCAUAGUCACUUGGGGAGGAGAGAAUGGGAACCUCCGGGCCAGGGACAACCUUCUCCUGUGGGGUUUUGUGGGGCAGAGGUGCAAGACUGGGCCCUUGCCCGCCUUCCCCAGGAACGGGCGCUUGCCGGCCAGAGGAGAGCGCGUGGGGCGCGGACGGCAGGGGCGGCUGGGAAAAGCAGCGUAUUUAUCGCUCCAGGCCUCGGAGCCUCGGGAAGGGGUGAUGGCGGAGGGAAGAGAAGGGAGGCUGGCAGACGGGUAGGCUCGGGGCCAGCUCAGCACCCUGCCCAGCCCCGGGCUGGAUCUCUGCGGGAUCAGGCCCUGCGCUACUGGCCGUGUCCCCUCGGGACAGGGCGCGCGGGGACAGGCAGGAGCAGAAUGGGUCGACGCCUGCUGCGCACACGGAGCUGCUGCUGGCCCGAGGCCUGCAUCUCAUCCCCUCCACCUCAGCCCUUUAGUUUGUAUUUUUAUAAAUAUAGAAAUAUAUAUGAUGCAAAGUGCAAUAGAGACGAGACGCCCGCGUUGGCCGGGAAGUCCUCGUGUCUCCGUCUCCCCUCAGACUGUAACAUAACUUGUUCUCUUGGGUGUCCUGGAGCUACAGGACAGGGUGCUGGGUCAUUUAGGGGGUUUUUUGUUUGUUUGUUUUGUUUUUUUAAUAUUGUUUUGCUGUUUCCCCGUUUCCUGCUGGGGGAAUCGUGCCCCGCUGCCCCUCGGGCAGGGAUGCCCACGGUUGCAGGGCGCUGCCUUCCCUCCGAGACAGCUGCCCGGCCGUGCCAAAUGUCCAGAGCUGCCCCUUGGAGUUCAGAAAGCCACCGUGGGCUCCACGUCCCGUCCUCACUGUGGCGGAGGCUUUGGGAGCUGAGCACCGAGACACCCUGCCAAAAUGCCAUCCGCGUGGCUGGCUUCUUGGUCCGAGUGAGACGGCAUUCCCCAUGCCCGAGGGCUGCCUUGUGCCAUGGCUGGUCGGCGCAGCCUUUUCUCUCCUCCCGGGUCAGCGGAAGCUCUCGGGAUCUAGUGCACUUCCCUGGCCGAAAGCCAAGAGGUGAGACGAGGUCUGGCCAGCUCUGUCCCUUCUCCCCUGUUUCUGCUUUCCCCCUUUUCCGGAGGGAUCGGAUGCCGCCUCCUCCAGGGAUGGGGUGCAGCGGAGCCCCCUCCUCCCGCCCGGCCUCGGGGGCUCCCUGCAGCCUUCCUUCUCCCUCUGGAGAAGUCCGAGUUUGUUUUUUCCGCCCCGGGAAGACGUUUUGCGUGCCAUACUGAGCUGCAGCGGCAACGCGGGCCCGGCCUGGGCACAGCUGGGGCCAGCGCAGAGGGGCCGGGGCCGGGCUCCCGGGGGGGGGGGGGUGGAUCUCACGGACCCCUGCUCAAGGUGAGGGCAGGUGCAGUGGGGUUUGAGUAUCCCCAAGGAUCCGUGCCAUCCUUCACGUCUCUCCAAGCCCGGGGCUUCCCUGGCCGACAGCGCGCUGCAGCCGGGUUGCCUUUCGCUUCGCCGUCGCCGUCUCCCUUUCUGCUUUAAGGACGCUGGUGCUGAAGGAGGCGGUGUAAAAUCGGCCCUUGCGCACGCUGCAGGGGAUGGAGGCGUCGCGGGCGAGGGCAGCUGCCUGCCGGCACCGGGGCCCGGGCGCUGCCGGGGCAGGACGGGGGCGAGAGGCGCUGGGUGCUCUCAGCCGCGGGGCAGGGCCUGGCCCCGGGCCGGGGGAGGACGCCAAAUCUCUGUGUCAGAAGCAUUAUGUAAAGUUGUCUUAAAUAUGCAACAUCACCACAAAUAUAUCUAUAUCUCUACA